AUGUCAGUGUUGACCAUGCGAAAACGAAAACACGAUUUCGAGGAUUCACUUAUCAAGGACUUUGAUGAUUCUCUGUCUCAUCAAAUAAUUCUACGUCAAUUGGAAGACUUGCGAAAGCAAGACUCUUAUGAUGAAAGUAGUGGUCUCGAUCCAAUGACACAAGGGCCACCAGAUGGUUUCAAUGAAUAUGACGAUAAUGAAGAGAUGGGGGAUAAAGUGUAUGACGAAGUUGGAGAGAGAGAGGAAGAAGAAGAAGGGGAAGGGGAAGGAGAAGAGGAAGAGGAAGAAGAAGAAGAAUUUGACGAACCUGAGAACCUUCCAGCAGAGGCUGGUGUUAUUGAGAAAUUGACAUUGAAAAACUUUAUGUGUCAUGAUUUUUUUGAGUUAGAGUUGGGGCCGCAAAUUAACUUUAUCAUCGGAAGAAAUGGAUCCGGGAAAAGUGCUAUCUUGACCGGUAUUUCAGUGGGGCUAGGUGCAAAGGCCAAUGAUACCAAUAGAGGAAGCUCGAUACGAGAUUUGAUUAAAGAUGGGAAAUCGAUGUCUCGUAUCACUAUUGUGUUGAAAAACGAUGGCAGCUGGGCUUAUAGGCCCGAAGAAUAUGGUAGAAAAAUCAUUAUUGAAAGGAAGCUUCAAAGAGUUGGAACCAAUUCAUAUAGCAUCAAGGAUGAGCGUGGGAAAACGGUAUCAACAAAGAAAGCUACUUUGGAUGAAAUUCUUUAUCAGUUUAACAUAACUGUUGAUAACCCAUUGGCCUUUUUAUCACAAGACAAAGCCAGAGAAUUUUUGACAUCGGCCACUGCAAGAACAAAAUUUGAAUAUUUUAUGGAUGGGGCUUUCAUUACCGAUAUAUACCACAAUCUUGACCUUACGCAACAUAACUUGAAAGAGAUCAAAACCAAGAUGAACCAAGCAAAAGCUUAUAAAGAUACAUGCAAGGAAGAGUACAGAAAGGCAGCAAUCAUACACAACUCGCACAUGCAACACAAUCAUUUGAGAGACAAGUUAAAAACUUUGGGAGGUAAAAUACGCUGGUACAAUGUCAAGACGCUUGAAGACAAGAUCGGGCAAUUGGAAGCUAAGAUUGUAGCAUUCGAACUGCAGAUUUUGCAAAGAAAUGAAGAGAUAAAAAUGUUUGACGAAGAGCUUGAACUUAAACGACCCGAGCAAAGUCGAUUGGAGGAGGAAGAAGCCAAGGCUGAGAACGAAGUGAUUGCCGGAGCAAGCGAAGUUGAAAGCUUGCGUGAUGUGCGAGCCAAAAUAAAGACAGAAAUUGAUACAUUACUGGAGGAUAUGAGAAGCAAUAUUGACAAGAUUGGGGAGCUUGAAAGAGAUAUAGUAAAAGCAAGACAAGCGAUUGAAAGAGAAAGAGCAAAGAUUGGGGAGCUUGAAAGAGAUAUAGUAAAAGCAAGACAAGCGAUUGAAAGAGAAAGAGCAAAGAUUGAAGAACAACAAGGUGGAUCAAAAGAACAGAUGAAGGAACAGUUGGAGAAGAUUCGCUUAGACGUUCAACAAUGUGAAGAAAAAAUUGAAAACACUAAAAUCAAGUACAAGGAAAUAGAUAAGGCGUAUGAGUCUCGUGUCGAGGAGCUUAGAGCAACUAAGCAAAUGGUUGGGUCAAAAUUGCAGGAUCUUCGACAGCAGCAAGUACAGUUAGACCGUGAACAGAACUUGCGGUACCUAGCUUGGGGAGCUAAUAGAAUGCAAAAAGUCAUGCGUGAUAUUGAUAGAGCUACUUGGAUAAAGAAGCCUAUUGGACCAGUGGGGAGUUAUGUGCUGGUGAAGAAAGAAUUCAAAUCAUGGGUCGGGAUGCUUGAUGCGAUUCUCACAAAGACUUUAGACUCUUUUAUCGUAUCUGACGAGCGGGAUAGACCCAAGCUUGCACACAUUUUAAGAGCAAAUCAUUUGUUUAACCACAAUAUUAUUGUCAGAAAAAACGAGCGCUUUCAAUAUAGUAGUGGGAAAGCUGCAGGCACCACGGUUGUUGAUAUGAUUGAUGUUGAGGACGAAGAUAUUCUUUAUGCAUUGAUCGACACAAACUCGAUUGAAAAAUUGACCAUAGCCAGUUCCCAAGAGGAAGGAAGAAGAUUGUGCAGAAUGCCGAAUGUAUACAGUGUUUUGAUCCAAUUUGGACCUGACUCUGGUAAGCGAGUCACAUAUAAUGGGAAUUUGAGCAUUGAUCCUGUUUAUUAUCUGACCAAAGCAGCCAAAUUUGGAUCUGCCAAUAAAAACGAUUUGAUGGAAGAGAUCAUGUCUGGGAUUCGUCUCGAGCAAUUGAAACUUAAUGAAGUAGAACGUGACACCCGUACGUUAAAUUCCGAAAGGGAUUCAGAAAAAGAGAUUGUUAAACGCGAAUUGCAACAAUUAAAACAAAAACACUCCAAGUUGAAGCUGCAGCGAAGUGUUCUUGAAGAUAAGAUUGAAGCUGAGGUUGAUUUGAGAAACAUCAAUAAUUUAGAGUUGAGGAUUGAAGACCUUGGGAUUCAAAUAGAACGUCUCGAGCAGCUAAACAAAGGGCUUGAAGAGAGAAAUGAGUCUAAUAAAGAAAAAGGAAAUAGCCUCAAGAGACAAACCCAGGUUGCCAAGGAUAAACUUCGUGUGUAUCAGCAAAAGAGGAAUGCUUGUCAUGAGGCCAAGACCAAGAAUCUUUUAUACAUCCAGACAUAUGAAGACAAACGCAAAGAAUGCCUUUUGGAGAUUACCAAAUUGGAGCACGAGAUUGAAUCAAGUAAACGUAUUUCGGAAAUUGCCGAGCCAAAACUAGUCGAAGAACGUGUAGCUGCUGAGAAAUUAUGCACUCGAGAAGAGGCGCAUCUUACCGAUCGAGAUACUCCAGAGUCUAUGGAAAAAGAUUUUCGCGUGGUACAGGAACAAAUACAAGAAGCCGAGAGAAGAAUGGGGUCGAAUUUGGAGGAUAUUUUAAAACAAGUAGAACUUACGAGCCUGAACUUGAAAGCAGCAGAAGCCAAUGAACGUGAUUUGAAGGAGACUUUUGAGCGACUAUGCCGAGAACUCGCCAUCAGGUACAAUUUUUUGACAACCACUAUAAACCACCAAGUUAGUAUUGCUCGGCGAUCAUUUGAGAGCUCAAUGGAAUUGAGGGGUUUUAAAGGCUCAAUGAAUAUAAAUUUUAGCGAAAGAUCGCUAGAAGUUUUAGUAAAAACGAAACAGGACAUCGAGAGGAAUGGGAUAGCCACCGCUGGUCGGACGGUUGAAUCUUUGUCGGGAGGUGAGAAAUCGUACACGCAAAUUGCAUUGCUUUUGGCUAUUUGGCAAACCAUGAGUUCCAAGAUCCGAGGAUUGGACGAGUUUGAUGUAUACAUGGACUCUGUUAAUCGUUCCAUUAGUAUUAGACUCUUGUUGAGCAACUUGAUGAGAUACCCAAAGUCACAGAAUAUCUUUAUUACCCCGCAAGAUAUUGCAGUAGUAGGUGACUUGGACAAUCCUUGCGUCAAGAUCCACAAGAUGUCUGAUCCUCGAAAGGACUGA